AAGGUCCUCAACAACAAGUUUGCCAACUUGAUUGAUAAGGUUCGCUUCCUAGAACAGCAGAACAAGAUGCUGGAAACCAAAUGGAGCCUCUUGCAGAAUCAGAAGACUACACGGAGCAACAUGGACAGUAUGUUUGAGGCCUACAUCAACAACCUACGCCGGCAGCUGGAAAACUUGGGUCAGGAGAGGGCAAGACUGGGUGCUGAGUUGGGAAACAUGCAAGGCCUGGUGGAAGAAUUCAAGAGCAAAUAUGAAGAUGAAAUCAACCAUCGUACUGAAAAGGAGAAUGAGUUUGUCCUCCUGAAGAAGGAUGUGGAUGAGGCUUACAUGAACAAGGUUGAAUUGGAAUCCCGCCUGGAAUGUCUGACGGACGAGAUCAACUUCCUGAGGCACCUUUAUGAUGAGGAGCUGCGUGUCCUGCAGUCUCAAAUCAGCGACACCUCUGUGGUGGUGUCCAUGGACAACAACCGCAGCCUGGACUUGGAAGGCAUCAUUGCUGAAGUCAGGGCUCAGUAUGAAGAAGUUGCUAACAGGAGCCGGGCUGAGGCAGAAAGGACAUACCAGAUCAAGCGUGCAAGCUUGGAAGCGGCAAUCACUGAAGCAGAGGAGCGUGGGGAGCUGGCCGUGAAGGAUGCCAACAACAAGCUGGCCGAAUUGGAUGGUGCCUUGCAGCGAGCCAAACAAGACAUGGCUCGUCAGCUGCGGGAUUAUCAGGAGCUGCUGAACACCAAGCUGGCCCUGGAUAUAGAGAUUGCCACCUACAGGAAGCUGCUGGAAGGAGAGGAGUUCAGACUGGAAUCUGGAAUGCAGAAUCUCAGCAUUCAGACCAAGACAACUGGUUAUUCAGGUGGCCUGAGCAGCAGCUACGGCAAUUACGGAGGUGGCUACGGCUCUUCCUACUCAAGUGGUGGAUAUUCCAUAAAUACAUUGCCCAUGGAGAGUUCAGCUGUCAGCACCAAGACCAAGGCUAUUGUCAUCAAGAAGAUCGAGACCCGCGAUGGAAAGCUGGUGUCUGAAUCCUCCGAUGUGCUGUCAAACUAGCUCUGUGGGGGUCUUGAGCAAUGGAACCACUCACGGUUUUAAAAGUGCCUGAAUCCAAUAAGCCUUACCUAAUUUAGCUAAGAAGAUGAGCCACAGGUUAGAAGAGAGGGAAGAAAUGCCUUUGUUCUCUUGCCGAACUUUGUUUUUUUUUCUCUAGAAGGAAGAAUUUAUGUUUGUCAGAUACUGGUGGACUACAGCUCCCAUCAGCCCUUUCCUGGCCAUGCUGGAGGAGGCUGGUGGGACUUGGGAGUCCAGCUGCAACUGGGAAGUCCACAGCUGCUUUUAGAAAACCACAAACCAUUGCCACUGACUUGCAUGAGAUGUGAUCAGGGAGGAAAAAGACACUUGCUCUCCCCCAAGGGAUCUCAUGGUUUUGACACUUUCCCAUCAGUAGAGGGGCAGCUGUUGAAAAGAAGGCAGGAAACCGGCUUUCCCAAGCUAGGAUCAGCAAGUAUUAACUCUUUUUUAGACCACUAUAUGUAGAGAUGGACACCUCAAGAAUUGGUUUGUAGUUUUCACAUCAUUUAAAAGCUGCCCUGUUGUAUUAUUCACCCCUCUUGCUGUUUUGCAUAGUGUUUAGGUCAAAUUUUCAAUCAAAACAAAGGCUUGGAAACAUUUUAUUUUGAAGGAUGGGGAUUUGGAAAAAUCCACCCAAGUCUUAACACUGGAGACAGCAAUUCUCACACUAGCUAUCUAAAGAAGAUGGGAGCUUUGCAGUGCACCCGAUUGGGAUGCUAGGAAGAGGAGGGUAAAGUGGGAGCCGAGUUGGGCAGAAGCACAAAGCAAGCUAGUUCCAUGAAGAUUUUUUUUAAGAACUUCACAUUGUUUUCAUUUUAUUUGAAAUAAAAAGGUUUUCUUCCAAUCUUUGAUAUUAAAUGACUUAACUUUUCA